CUUAAUAACAAGCUUUUAUUAAAAGUUUUUUUACUAUAUAAAAUAACAGUUAAAAAAUUAGAAGCUAUAAAAUAUUAUAUUACUAAAAAUCUAAAUAAAAAUUUUAUUAUUUUAAGUUUAGUUUUUUUUAUAUUAUUUAUUUUAAUAGCUUAA